AUGCACAGCAACGUCAAGCAAAUCAAGCGCUACCAGAUCGCCAAGGUAUAUCGUCGAGAUCAGCCUGCCAUCUCUCGUGGCAGACUUCGAGAAUUUUAUCAGUGCGAUUUUGACAUCGCCGGUGUGUAUGACGCUAUGAUACCCGAUGCUGAGAUCCUUCGCAUUAUUGUCGAAGUGUUCAGAGCACUCAAGCUCGGCAUUGUCAUCAAACUUAACCACAGAUGCAUCCUCGACGGCUUAUUUACCGUUUCUGGCGUUCCCAAGGAAAAGAUCAGGCCCGUCAGCUCAGCAGUAGAUAAGCUGGACAAGGCUUCAUGGGAUGAGGUUAAAAGAGAAAUGGUGGAAGAGAAGGGUCUGGCGGAGGAGGUUGCCGACAGAAUUGGUAAAUAUGUCAGGCGCAGUGGCAGUUUGUGUGAGAUGAUCGAUACCCUCAAAGGGGACCAAGAGAUGUCGGCAAACGAACAAGUCCAAAGUGGCCUGGCCGACAUGGACCUUCUCGCCCGUUACCUCAAGGCAAUGGACGUCAUCGACAGUGUUUCUUUCGAUCUUUCACUCGCACGUGGCCUCGACUAUUACACCGGAUUGAUAUACGAAGUCAUCACGACUACCUCCGGUCGAUCCAUUCAAGUCGGCAGCGUUGCCGCCGGCGGGCGCUACGACGGUCUCGUGGGCAGGUAUGGCAAACAGACCGUCCCUUGCGUUGGUCUGUCCUUUGGAGUAGACCGUGUCUUUACCAUCCUGGACGCCCGGCAAAAGAAGAACACCUCAGAUCUCAAGAGCGAGGCCGAUGUGUACGUCAUGGCAGCUGGCGGGAAAGACUUUGACGGUCUGCUAGCUGAACGCAUGGAGGUGGCUCGCCAGCUUUGGGACGCAGGCAUUAGGGCCGAGUUCACUGCCAAAGUCAAGCCCAAGAUGCUUCAGCAAUUCAACGUUGCCAAGGAAGUACCUGUUGCCGUGAUUCUUGGUCAAGAGGAAAUGGAAGCAGGCCAGGUUAGGCUGAAGGAUGCGAGAGCCGGUGACGGGGAUAAAGUCGAGAAAGAUCGAGGUCGACUUAUUUCUAGAAAGAAUAUGGUGGAAGAGGUGACAAGUCUUUUAUCAAAGAUAGCACUAGAAGAAGGUCAAGAUUAG